CAGCUGCCGUUUUCUUAGUCGUUGAAGAGGAACCUACCACUGCCCUGCCCUGCCACCGACCGCCAGUCCUGCAAGUAGAAGAAGAGGAUAGAUGAUCCCAAGCUAUGUUAUACAUGCCUUGGAAGAAAUUAUAUUACCACCCGUUCCUCGGCUUUUCAUCGGCUCUGUAAACAACGUCCACAAACCUUCCGAUUGGUGUAGGAUUUGCCCGUUGGAGGGAGGUAAGCUACUAUCGUCUUUCCGCUGUCUUGGCAUCCGAGAGGGGGGUCAAUCAAGCACAAGCUUCCCCGGAUUCCGUCCCCCGACCCGGCUUGGGGUUUUUUUUUAACUCUUAAAGAUGUGCACAAUGCCAUUGGAGAACUGCCGAGUGUCUUGGCGAUUCCCCCAUGGGGGAUGAUUGACAGGAUAGCUCCCUGUAUUCGAGGGUGAGUGUCGACUCUGGUAAUAUACCCCAUCGAGGACCUUCCCCGCAAACUCGGGGGAGGUCGGUGAAUAUUGGCAGCCUCCCCGCGUUCUUGGCGGCAGUCUUGGCGGCAGGUUGACGAUACGCCCAGGCCGUCCCUGGCAUGGCAUGGUGCGGCUUUUGAUGGCUAUUGACAGCCCCCCCCGUAUUCUUGGCGUCUGCGAGGAGGAUCGGAAUUUGGUGUCCCAUUGACGGCUCCCCCGCCCUUUUGGAGACAGACUGUGAGAGUUAACGACCCUGCCCCCCCGCAAAGAGGGGAAUCUGGGUGUCUAUUGACAGGCGGCUGCUGCUCUCUCUCCGCAAUAUUGGCGUCUGUUGUGAGGGUGAGAGCCGACCUUGCUAAUAAAUCCAACUUCCAAUUCUGUGCCUCUUUCCCCGCAAAGUUGGGGGGCGGGGGGAGGGGGGGGGGGACUUUCGGCGGCUAUUGACAGCUCUUCCCCGUAAUCUUGGCGUCUUGUGACAAUUGAGUUUACGUUUUGGCGUCUGGGAGGGUUGUUGACGACAUGGCGAGGAUCUUUCACCGCAAGGAGCGGAAUGUGGGUGUUUACUGACAGCUUUCCCCGCGUUUUUGGAGCUGGUGAGGGUGAGAGCUGACCUCUGUCGUGGGACGCUUCCCCGCGAAGUGGUAUCCUUGCAAAGGCCCUCCCCUGCCCUCCCCCGCAAAGGGAGCGUCAUUUGAUAGGUUUAGAUUUGGAGAGGCUAGGACGUUGGGGGGAUGGUUUGUUUGUUUCUGGGUAGGAGGCGCAAGAAUACUAGGUAUCGAUGGGUGUGGGAGUCAAUUGCCGAUGCUGGAGAUAGAUGGUUUGUUUGUUUCUGCCUAAGAGGUGCAAGAAUACUAGUUAUCGAUGGCUGUGGAAGUCAAUUGCCGAUGUUGGAUUGGGUGAGUAUAUGUAUUCCAUAGUUUCUCAUUUCUAAGAUGAUUAUUGAACAGCCUCACACAAGCAUCUCGUCGGAAAGAACAAUAUAGGCAUCAUGAAACUCCUCGCUAGGCUCUCGCUCCUGGCUAUCAUCCCGUCUUCGUUAGCGGUUCCAACAAAUGACAAUCAGAUCGCCAGCAGAGAUGUCGUUCUUAACGCCCUCCCCAUGCUCAAGCCACAGCGUUCGCUGUCCAGAGAUCUUGUCAACCUAGAUGGACUGUGGAAAUUCUCCGUUGCAACCAGCCCCAACAGCACCGCCCAGCCUUGGACUGGACCAUUGGUCACCGACCUCGAAUGCCCGGUCCCAGCUUCCUACAACGACAUCUUUGUCGACCGCGCGAUCCACGACCAUGUCGGAUGGGUCUACUACCAGCGGGAUGUGAUUGUCCCCAAGGGCUGGUCAGGAGAGCAGUACUUUGUGCGCGCCGAAUCCGCUACCCACGAAGGCCAGAUCUAUGUCAAUGACCGUCUCGUCGCUCAUCAUGUGGGCGGUUACACUCCAUUCGAGGCUGAUGUGACCGAUCUUGUGACUGCGGGCCAGCAGUUCCGUCUCACCAUCGCGGUCAACAACAUUCUCACGUUUGAGACUCUUCCGCCUGGAAAGGUGCUGACAAGCGCGUUGACGGGAAAGAGAACGCAGAAGUACUAUCAUGACUUUUACAACUAUGCGGGCUUGGCUCGCUCGGUCUGGCUGUACUCUGUGCCUAAGCAGCAUAUCCAGGACAUCACUGUUGUCACGGAUUAUAAGGGAAACACCGGCAUGAUCAACUACAACAUCACCGUUGCUAAGGGGACAACUGGAAAGGUCCAAAUCGCUGUCAUCGACGAGAGCGGGAAGACCGUUGCCGAAGGCUCAGGGGCUACCGGAACCAUCAAUAUCCCCUCGGUGAAGCUCUGGCAACCCGGAGCAGCAUACCUCUACAACUUCCGCGCCAGCAUCGUUGACUCUUCCAAGAAGACCCUGGACACCUACAACCUCGCGACCGGCAUCCGCACCAUCGUGGUGAAGAACACCCAAUUCCUCAUCAACGGCAAGCCCUUCUACUUCACUGGCUUCGGCAAGCACGAGGACACCAACGUCCGCGGCAAAGGCCACGAUCAAGCCUACAUGGUCCACGACUUCCAGCUUCUGAACUGGAUCGGCGCUAACUCCUUCCGCACCUCCCACUACCCCUACACCGAGGAGAUGAUGGAGUACGCUGACCGCCGCGGCAUCGUGGUCAUUGACGAAACCCCCGCCGUGGGACUUAACUUCGGUUUGGGCACCCCGGGCAGCGUGACCUUUGGCCCGGACCUCAUUAACAACAAGACCCAAGCCGCGCACGCGCAGGCCAUCCGCGAGCUCAUCCACAGAGACAAGAACCACGCCAGCGUCGUCAUGUGGUCCAUCGCCAACGAGCCCGCGUCCGACGACAAGGGCGCGAGGGCCUACUUCGAGCCCCUGGCUGCGCUCGCUCGCUCGCUCGACUCAAGCAGACCUAUCACUUUUGCUAACGUGGGCUUCGCGACCUACCUCACGGACAAGAUCUCCGACCUCUUCGACGUCCUCUGCCUCAACCGGUACUACGGGUGGUACACCGAGACCGGCGACCUUGCCGAGGCCGAGGUCGUGCUCACUACCGAGUUGCAGGGAUGGGUCAAGAAGUUCGACAAGCCGAUCGUGAUGACCGAGUACGGCGCCGACACUGUGUCGGGGCUGCACACCGUCCUCGGGUUGCCGUGGAGCGAGGAGUACCAGGUGGCGAUGCUCGGGAUGUAUCAUAAGGUGUUUGACUCGAUUAAGGCGAUGGCUGGGGAGCAUGUGUGGAACUUCGCGGACUUUCAGACGACUAUUGGGACGGGACGCGUGGAUGGGAAUAAGAAGGGUGUGUUUACGAGGGAUAGGAGGCCAAAGGCGGCGGCGCAUGCGUUGAAGGAGAGGUGGACGAACUUGAAGAAGAAGUAGGUCUGCCUUGGACUGAGGGCGCAAUAGUAGCAAUCAUUCCUUCUAUAUCUCGAACGUGAAAGCUCUGAGGAAGCUGCGACUGCUGCAUGCUUGAUAAUUGUUCUUUCCCUAUUUAGAAGUUAAAACUUAUGAGGAAGCUACGACUGGCUUUUGGUUGGUAAUCGUUCUUUCCCUAUCUAGAAGUUGAAACAUAUGAGGAAGCUACGACUGAGGCUUUGCUUGGUAAUUGUUCUUUCCCUAAUUAGAGGUUAAAACUUAUUGAGGAAGCAACGACAGAGGCUUUGCUUGGUAACCGUUCUUUCCACAUUUAGGGGUCAGAGGCAUGGCGGCGGCUUAGUUUGUUGAAAUCUGGGACGCCACUUAAAUAUAUUGUACCUCAUGUUUAUACAAUAGCCACAUUAGCUUAAGAUGCCCUCUAGAUAACAUACGGCUCACAGGAUUCUGGUCGAUUAUAAUAUAUUUCGCAACAACUCAUACACAUACAUACGCAUGUCAAUAAUAG